AGAUCAGCCCACGGGGCACUCUGGAGCGGCAGCCGCACCCCCUUCCUCCCCUCUCCGCUGGAUAGGAGAGGCGUGCACGUGGGUAUGCGGGUGUCACUCUAUCCCAGCUGGACGGACAACACAAAGUUGAAAGAAGAAAGGGACGACCUGUAGAACGGCCAGCACCAGAUUGAUUGUCUUCUUUUUUUGGAUUUAAUAAGUCUGCCCUAUCUUUUUUUGGUGGUGAAGCGCUUCAACUUUAAGCCGGGGCUCGUUACCCUUUUGGCACCAGACGCAUCUGUCACCGACUGCUACUGGGCGCCUGGAGCUGCCACAGUCAUGCCGGCCGGGUUUCAGCAACUCGGAGGGGAGACAGUGACUGGAACCCUUGCUCUGUCAGUCUUCACUGCUGUCCUAGGAUCUCUAGAGUUCGGCUACAACAUCGGUGUUAUUAAUGCACCUCAGAAGAUCAUUGAGGAGGACUACAACGCCACAUGGGUGCACCGGUAUGGAGAGCCCAUCCCCACAGGGACCCUUACCUCCCUCUGGUCACUGUCUGUAGCCAUCUUUUCCAUUGGGGGCAUGCUCUCCUCUUUCUGCGUGGGUUUUGUCUCUGAGUGGCUGGGCAGGAGGAAAGCCAUGCUCAUAAACAACUUGUUUGCCUUUAUUGGUGGAAGUAUGAUGGGGAUGUCCAAGCUCUGUCGCUCCUUUGAAAUGAUGAUCCUUGGACGUUUCAUCAUUGGUGCCUACUGCGGAUUGGCGUCUGGCUUGACGCCAAUGUAUGUGGGUGAGAUAGCACCUACAAGUCUUCGAGGGGCACUGGGCACGCUUCACCAACUGGCUAUAGUCACUGGCAUUCUCAUAGCACAGAUCCUUGGUCUGGAGUCAUUACUCGGCAGUGAGGACUUGUGGCCUGUUCUGUUGGGUUUAACUGUCGUGCCGACUGUACUUCAGAUGGGUCUGCUGCCCUUCUGUCCCGAGAGCCCCCGAUUCCUCUACAUUGUCCGGUGUCAGGAGCACCAUGCCAAGAGUGGCCUGAGGAGGCUAACAGGCAGACAGGAAGUGGGCGACAUGCUGGCUGAGAUGAAGGAGGAGAAGAGGAGGAUGGACAUGGAGAGGAAGGUGUCCAUCCCAGAGCUCUUUCGCUCCCCACUUUACCGCCAGCCCAUCGUCAUCUCCAUCUUGCUGCAGCUCUCCCAACAGCUGUCCGGGGUCAACGCAAUCUUCUACUACUCCACCAGUAUCUUCAUGAAGGCAGGAGUCCAGAGUCCAGUCUAUGCCACCAUAGGAGCUGGAGCAGUAAACUGUGCCUUCACUGUGGUCUCGCUUUUCCUCAUAGAGAGGAUGGGUCGACGGACACUCCACAUGUUAGGACUGGGUGGAAUGUGCAUGUGUGCCGUCAUCAUGACCAUAGCUCUCGCUUUACUGGACAGUGUUCCUGGGAUGAGCUACAUCAGCAUGCUAGCUAUCUUUGGCUUUGUUGCCUUCUUUGAGGUGGGCCCAGGUCCUAUCCCAUGGUUCUUUGUAGCUGAGCUGUUCUCUCAAGGGCCAAGGCCAGCUGCCAUGGCUGUGGCAGGCUGUUCCAACUGGACUGCCAACUUCAUCAUCGGCAUGUGCUUCCAAUAUGUUGCUGACCUUUGUGGGCCAUACGUCUUCCUGAUCUUUGCAGCACUUCUCCUUUUCUUCCUCAUCUUCACAUUCUUCCGGGUGCCAGAGACACGGGGUAAGACAUUUGACCAGAUUGCAGCCAACUUCCACCAGCACUCAGCAGGAGGGAUGAUGGAUAUGGACAUAGACAUGGACAUGGACAAGCCCAGCACUGAACUGGACUACUUGGGAGAGGAAAGCAUCAACUGAGGAGUCCAUGUGGAAGAAAAAUGAAACUGAGAACAACAUGAGAUGAACUGUACAUACAGGCCUAGCCCCAAAACUUUGAUUUUCUGACAUGUAUAUUGCAGCCUAUUGUUGCAUUCGUGUAUAUUGUGGUGCCAAGGCAGUGUUAAAAGUGUGUGACGGCUUGGUGCCACAGCAAUACAUGGUUAUGAAUUGUGUCUUGACAAGAACUUCAAACCUGUGGAUUUAGAGUUGACUGUUGUAGUUUCAAGGAAUAUCGUGAACAUGAGAAUGAUAUGUCUGGACUGUUAAGGCAUAGACUGUUGAUGUGAUAUGGCUUUAUUCCAUGGCGGUGCACUCAGUUGCAAUGUUGUUAGAUGGAGGUGGAGAGACUUCCUGCACUUUAUAAACAAAAGACAUCCAAAGUUUUCAAAGUUUGGAGGUACAGGAACAGUACGAAAACCAGCCAUGAGGUUGAUAGUUUGCCUGUUUUUAUUGUAGAUGGGAACACAGUAGAAGAUUAGUAAACAUACCUAAAUGUCCGAUUUAAGUGGCUCACAUAUGGCACUCAUUUUAUAGCUUAAUCUAUGGAAUUUGGUUCUAAACACUUUGGGUUUUUAAUCUUUGUUACCAACUGAAAUGUGUGCGUAACCCCAAGUAUUGAAAAUUGUCAUAAAAAGUUGCAUAUAAUGCUGUGGUUGGAUUGAUACGCAAUCUUUGCCUAAAAAUGAGAUUUAAAUGAAUUUGCCAAAAUUUAAUGUGUUUAUCCAUAGUUCCUGUCAAACAUUAUCAUUUUGGACACCUUAAAAAAAAAAACGUUAUACUUAGGUACUGGAUCUAAGCUCCAUAGUAAUGUCAGCUGUCAGUGGUGAACCACAACUGACCUUUUGGAAAGAAGAGAGCCUCAGUCCUCAUUAUCACACUGGACUUUGAGUCAUGCAUGUUCCCACCUUAAGUUUUUUCUUAUGAAAAACUCAUUGCACAACCUGCAGAAAUGUUCCUUUAAAGAUUUAUUUUGGUACUUCACAUGUACAUAUAGUGUGUCGUUUGGUUGCUGAUAAAGUAUGAGGGUCUAAAAGUUUCAAUUCUUUAUGCACUCCAAGUGGUGUCUGGUUUUGUAAACAGUAGCCUGAUAUACUCAAGUGAGAUGUGCAGUCACAGGGGCUGCCUAUACAGAGUAUUAUCUUGUAGAUUAAUUUUGUAUCACUUUAUCCAGUUUGUGUAUUUUCUUGAUAUCUGUCAUGUGUGCUGUUUGGUUAUCUGUUCUUUAAUGGUGUGUAUCACUACAUUCUGAAGAAAAUUUGUAGAAAUUGC